GGACAUAUUAGUUUGAAUCUGUCGUUCCAGGAGCUUUGCUCCUACACAGAUCUCGUAAAGACUGCAAGUGUACAAAAGGGUGCUUCCCAGUCUGGACCACAGGUUACAGGACAGUAGUAGAUCUAUUAUGUAGAAUAGUUCUGUGCUUUGAGGUUUUCCUCCAUAGCAGAUCAUGUACCUUCUGAUAAUAAAACAACAACAACAAAGAAAAGCCACCACUUGAAACUGGGGAAGUAAUUCCUUUGGGUUAUUCAGCUCACCAGCUGCAUUCAGUGCCUGACAAGUAUUCCUCCUAGGGGGCUGUAUGGAUGCACUCUAAACUUCUCUACGCCCUCAGGAGAUGCCACUGCUGGACCACCUGCAGAGCAGAUCAUCUAUCUGUACACCCAUACAGCUGCGGGUGACCUAGAAUUACACAUCCUGAGAUCAUGCUGGACCAAAAUAAGCUGCUCCUCGUGUGGCUACAGCACAAUUUCAAGUGGCCUUUCCACCUCAGCUGUCAUGGAGCCCAAGGAAUGACUGAAGUAAAUGGAGACCGUGCUGGCUGGGCAGCUGUCUUCAGUCACUUCUCGCUUAGUCAACCCAGUGCGUGUGUUUGUGAAAUGCCACACUCUCCCAGGGAAAUCUCUGCCAGUACCGCACCAGCCUUACUUCUCCCAGCAUGUAAUGCAAAAUCCUCUGAUGGAGCCAAGGCCCACUGACCUCUUGGUUACGGCUAGCAUAACAGUUUGUUCCUUUUUCUUUGCAGUGACUUGUUUUAUUUUCUGGAAGAAUGUUAUGUGUCAUUCUGCUCUGCCUUCUCUUUAGGUUAAACCCCACAUCGUUUCCUCCCAUGCCCAGUUUUCUAGAGCCCUGAUGGUUCCUAUUCUUCUUGUGUUGUGGGAUGUUUUUUGUUCCUGUUUCCCCACUUGGCUGCUCCUUCUGGUGUGAAGUACACAAACAGAACAAACACAGCCUACAGUGCUGUCUCAGGAAUGAGGCUGGAGUUCAUAUCAUACACCUGUCACUCCUUCUGGCAGUGUUUCCUUAUUUUCUUGAACGCUCUGAGGUAGAUUUAGGCACCUUAGAAGGCUGCUGAAGUUCAUGGACCUUUACAAAUAAUGCAUGGGGGAGUCAGUCUGGACUGCCAAUACCACAGAGGAGUUCUGCCAUGCCUGUCACUGCUGCAGGGGCUGUGAACGUUUUAAAUUGCUUCAGAAUGUCAGCAGCCAUUCGUCCGUGGGACUGUUUGUAUGCCCAGCUGCAGCUGAUGCGGGUGCGGGCGCUAGAGCCGGCCUGGCGGGGCAGCGGCACGGCACGGCACGGCACGGCACGGCAGUCACACGGGACGCGCAGUUUGAGGUCUCGGGCAGCUUCUGCAGCGGGUGUCUCAGACCGUGGGUUUAAAGCCGCAGCACGCCGGACGGGGGCAGCUCGGGGCAGGCCGUGAUGCCGCAAGGCAGCGCCUGCGGUCACCCAACGCCGCGGCCGCGAUCUCCUUCUGCCGCGGGGAUGCUGCCGUGUGCACCCAGGCGCGUUAAAAGCGAGAGAAGCAGCGGUGGUGCCUGCGGGGCUUCGCCACAGACGCGUCACUAAAAGGGGGGAGGCAGUGAGACUUGCAGCUCGCGGCUGCCGCCCGCCGGGCCGGGGUCCGCCUCUCCCUGGAGGGAGGAGGCGGCGGGGCCGGGGGCCGCCCGGAACGCGGAGGAGAGCCGGGGCCGCGGCGGAGGCGAGAGGGGCGCUCGCCCGAAGGGGUCGCUCGGGGUCUGCGGCCGGACAACCUACCCCCCACCCCGCUCCGGGGCCGCGGGAGGAGGCGGCGGCGGCGGCGGCCCCCGGCGGCUCCUCCCCCCGCCAAGUUACAACCGGUUCGGGCUGGCACCGUCCGCGGCCGCGCCCCGCCCCGCCGCGCUGGGGAUGCGGGGCUGCCCCGGCUCUCCCGGGGGCGGCUCCUGCCCCCUGCCCCCGCCGCGCAGGUAACCGAGGACGGCGCCGGGGGCCUGAGACGGGCCGGGCCGGGGGUCCCCGAGCGGAGGCGCCGCCUGGCCGGGGUAGAGUUGCCACGUGAAGCUACAUUUGUAGGGGGCUGAAGGACUUGUGUGUUGUCAUCUGGUAAAGAAAAUAAAAUGGUUGAGAAUCACACAUCUGGUUAGUGAGAGAGCCAGGAACAGAACAUGGGUUUUGUGAUCAUCAGUUCAGCAGAUUGCUCCCUAAAGAGAGGGAGGGCAGGGUCUACGUGUCCAUCUAUGGUCAUCUGACAAGAUGGUGUAUCGGAAACCACCCGAUGGUGGCUGGGGCUGGGUGAUUGUCAUCGUUUCCUUCUUUACUCAGUUCUUGUGUUACGGAUCACCGCUGGCGGUGGGAGUCUUGUAUUUAGAAUGGCUGGAUGCUUUUGGAGAAGGGAAAGGCAAGACUGCUUGGGUUGGAUCGCUAGCAAAUGGAAUCGGAUUGCUUGCCAGCCCUGUGUGCAGCAUUUGUGUGUCAUCCUUUGGAGCAAGGCCAGUAGCGAUCUUCAGUGGCUUUAUGGUGGCUGGUGGCCUCAUGAUGAGCAGUUUUGCGCCUAACAUAUACUUUCUCUAUCUUUCAUAUGGGAUUGUUGUUGGGCUUGGAUGUGGCCUAUUGUAUAAUGCAACGGUUACCAUCACUUGCCAGUAUUUUGACAAACGCAGAGGCCUUGCCCUUGGUCUGAUUUCAACAGGCUCAAGUGUUGGACUCUUUAUAUAUGCAGCAUUGCAAAGAGAGCUUAUUGAACUAUACGGACUGGAUGGUUGCCUGCUAAUAGUUGGUGCACUAUCUCUAAAUAUACUAGCAUGUGGCAGCCUAAUGAGACCAUUGGAGUCAUCUGAUUCCCCUUCACCAGAAAAAGCAUGUACAGACAAAGUCCCAGAUCAAUACUUUGUUUACCACGAAAAAGAAAAGACUGUUGAAGAAAAUAUAAGCAUCCUUGAAAAGGGCUACAUUGAUGAGAAAUGUGCAAACAACGUGCCUGACUACAAACAAGAUAACAUUUUAAAUAAGAAUGUAUUAAGCUCAAUAAAUGUAAAUGAGAAAGACACUUAUAAAAAGAAAGUUGUGGAACAGACAAACUUCUGCAAGCAACUAGCCAAAAGAAAAUGGCAGCUCUAUUUGAACUACUGGGAGGAAACUGUGGUUCUUUUUAAGAACAGAGUUUUUUCAGCUCUCUUUUUUGCCAUCUUGCUCUUUGAUAUUGGUGGAUUUCCUCCUUCUCUGCUCAUGGAAGAUAUAGCAAGAAGCGCAAACAUCAAUGAAGAAGACUAUCAUAUGCCUCUUGUUUCCAUUAUAGGCAUUAUGACUGCUAUUGGCAAACUUAUUUUAGGAAUACUGGCAGAUUUUAAGUGGGUUAACACCUUAUAUCUAUAUGUACUUACCUUACUAAUGAUGGGAGCAGCCUUGCUUGCGAUUCCAUUUGCCAGAAGUUACUUUACAUUAGCAGUGCUUUCUGGGAUUCUGGGUUUUCUGACUGGGAACUGGUCAAUUUUUCCAUAUGUAACAACAAAGACUGUGGGAAUUGAGAAGCUGACACAUGCUUAUGGGAUACUGAUGUUCUUUGCUGGACUUGGAAACAGCCUCGGACCACCAAUUGUAGGUUGGUUUUAUGACUGGACGCAGGAGUAUGACACUGCAUUCUAUUUCAGUGGCUUCUGUGUUUUACUGGGAGGAUUUCUUCUGCUGUUGGCAGCAUUACCCUGCUGGAAUGCCUGUACCGAUCGGAGCUCAAAACUGCCUCCAAAUACUUACUCCUACAAAGUUGCAUCUAGUGCCUAGGUGACAACUGGAAAACACUACUUUAUGCCUUUUUUAUAUAUUAUAUAGCAAAGGAUUUUAGUAAUUUUUCACUUAUUUAUGAAUUCCAAAAAUCCUUAUCCACUAGAAAAAUUCUAUUGCUGGUUUAUGUUCAACUUUUUUUAGUUUUCUUUUCCUUUUUUAUCCUUUUUCUUCCCCCCCCCUCUCCUUUUUUAAGAACAGUCUUAUUUUGUCUACUGUGCACUGUGUUUUCUGCCUUUGUCUACUGUAAUUUCCUCUCAGCCUGUAAUGGAUAUAUUGUGCUGUAUUAUUGGCUGUACUGUUAUUUUGUUGUUGUUGUUUUUUGGUUUGUUUGGUGUUUUUUUUUUUUUUUUAAGGUAUAGAGAGUGUGGAGGGUUGAAGACAUUGAAGCAAAAAUGAAGGCCUAUUUCUUACUGGAGAAGACCUGCAUUUCUGUCACCUUUUAUGGGUCUCCAAGUUGCACAAUCAGACUUUAUGAAACAAAAAUUUGCCUUAUGAGAAUAUAAUGCUAUGGCAAGGUGCUUGUAACAUCAUGUUCAGAUUAACUUUCUGACUUUUUAAAGUUUCUCCAACUCACAAUGAAGUGCCAAUGAGGGAGGAAGAACAAAACCAUCCUUCUGUUGCAUUAAUGAACUUUAUGAUGAAAGUAAAGAUUCUUACUACCACUGCGACUGAAGACUAUGUUUAUAAUUAUUGCACUUUGGUGAAGUUUGUUUAUAAUACUGUUGAACCAAAAUCUUUUAAACCAAGGAAUAAACAUGAUUUUUGAAACCA